AUGCCUCCGCCGCCGCCGCCUCCCCCUCCUCCUCCAGGCAUGGGCGGCCCUCCACCUCCCCCUCCUCCGCCGCCUGGAGGGAGUACGCCUGCGAGACCAAAUAAAGCAGCUGCUGGAAACAGGAGCGCUCUUUUUGCCGAUAUCAACAAAGGUGCACCCAAGUUGAGAAAGGCGGUUACCAAUGACCGGUCUGCGCCUAUGGUUGGCAAAGAGAACAAGUCCGCGGGUCCUCCCAUUGGAGGAGCUCCCCCUGUUCCGGGCCUGCCUAGAGCCCCCGGUGGACUGGCACCGCCUGUUCCCUCAUCAAAUCGUAUGCGAAGUAGCAGUGAUGUUGGACCUGCGACAGACGACGGCGGGAGUUCCGGCAUUGCUAGUGCGCCUCAAUUGGGCGGGCUGUUUGCGGGAGGCAUGCCUAAACUACGCAAUCGAGGAGGAAUCGAUACCGGUGCGAACAAAGAUGCCUCAUACCUGUCAGAUUCCGAGGCCGUUCGUCCACGAGCUACGACUGCAUCAGCCCCAAAACCUCCAGUGGGUGGAGCACCGAGACCGCCGGGAGCGCGGCCGCCUCCAGUACCUCCUACAACAGAGUCUCCUGCGCCCAAUCCAUUAGUUGCUAAUUUGCGCAAGCCACCUCCAAAGCCUGUAUCCCGGCCGUCGUCCACCCUAGACGUACCUCCGCGUGCUCCUCCUCCCCUUCCAGGCACGGGGAAAACCCCUCCCCCGCCUCCCCCAUCGGCAUUCCGAAAGCCGUCUGGUACGGCACCAUCAGCUCCUCCACCUCGCCCGCCGCCUCCUCCAGUAUCCUCGAGCCCAGCUCCUCCUAGUGCACCACCGCCCCCGCCGUCGAUAUCUGCCCCUAAACUUCCCGCCUCUGCGCCUCCCCCACCGCCAUCUUCAGCUCCACCUUUGCCAAAUGGGGCUUCUACUGCAAACACAUCCAUUGCGAUGCAAGCAGCUCGAAAUGCUUUUGGCAACUCUCAUACACCUCCAGCGCCCCCAGCACCACCCCCACCUCCACCUCCGGUAUCAGCACCAUCAAUACCAGUCACUAGCCCACCUCCUCCGCCCGUAUCACCCCCAACUGCACCUCCGCCUCCUUCGCUAGUUCCUCCAGGGCGGCCAUCUGGAACUUCAACCCCCUCAUCACGACCUACAUCAUAUGAUGACCACUCUUCCAGGAAUCAAGUGCGGUCAGCAUUAGAUCCAAGCGCUUAUACUCUUACAAACGGGACUUCAAGUCCAAUUCCUCACACUCCAUCACCUGGACCUGCACCUGGACCUGGAUCUGGAUCUGCUCGGGUUGCAGUUCAAGAUAACCGCUUCAAAUUCCAGGACGAAAGUCUAUUCCCCAAACCUCGGCCAUUUACUGGCGGAGUGCGAAGAUAUCGCGCUGGCAGAGGAACCAGUGUCCCACUCGACCUUAGUUCUAUAGGAUAG